UGCAGACAUUAGAUGAGAUUAGGAGGAAGCAACAGGUGUAUUUUUGCUGAAGAUACUGUCAGGUCACUGUGUCAGUCUGCUAGAUGAGCUUACAGAGUGAGAGACAGAGAGAGAGGGACAGGGAGUGGAAGAGAGAGCGAGAGAGAGAGACUGACAGACAGACACAGUCGGGGAGGGAGCGGGAGUGUGUGAGAGAAACUGCAACAAGACACCAAAAUUGAGAAUUGGACAAUACCACCAGAGAAAAAUGGCACCGAUGGGGGAUGUUCUCCACCUGUUAGUCAUCUUGUCCUUGUUGGAGAAGGGCAAUGCCAAAGUGGGAGACUUCAAAGCAGCAGGAGCCACAGCACCAGGAGAUAUCAUCAUUGGAGGGCUGUUUCCCAUCCAUGAGGGAGUAGAGGAAUCCCCCAACAUCUCAGCACCCCAUGAACCACAGUGUGCCAGGUUCAGCCUGGACGGGUUCACCCAGGCAUUGGCUAUGAUCCACGCUGUAGAGUCGGCCAACAGAUCCCCUGUCCUGACUACACUAGGGAUCUCUCUGGGGUACCGUAUCCACGACUCCUGCUCUGAUGUCACCACCGCUCUGAGGGCCUCAGCUGACUUCACACAGGAUCCCACCACGGACUGUGGGGGAGGGGCCAACACCUCUAACUCUUCCCCGCCAAUUAUGGCCGUCAUAGGGGCCACUUCCUCUGAGAUUUCCAUCUCCGUUGCCCGGCAACUCAACCUAAAGCUCAUCCCUCAAAUCAGUUACGCCUCCACCGCCAUCAUCCUGAGUGACAAGAACCGUUUCCCUGCUUUCCUGAGGACCGUACCUAGCGACGUGUACCAGACACGGGCCAUGGUCCAGUUGCUUAGCGACAGCAAAUGGACCUGGGUGGGCGUGGUCACAACGGAUGGAGACUACGGCCGCUCUGCCUUGGACAGCUUCGUCUCCCAGGCAACCGCCUCAGGGAUCUGUGUGGCCUUCAAGGAGAUCCUCCCUAAUUCACUAACCAGUCCUGACAGCGAAUCAGCAAUCAGCCAAGCCGCCGCCACCCUCCAAUUGAACCACAAUGUCAAGGUGGUGGUGUCAUUCGCCAAGCCUACUCAGAUGAUGUACCUAUACCAGAAGCUGAGGAGUCUGGGGUCGGGGGAGAGGGUAUGGGUGGCCAGUGACAGCUGGUCCUCGUCCAAGGAGGUCCUGGGAGAGAUGGACCUCCUAGAUAUCGGCCAUGUGGUUGGCUUCUCCUUCAAAAGAGGCAACCUGGCUCCUUUCCAUCGCUACCUGAUGAACCUGAUUAACAUCAAUGAUGUCAUAGGAAACAACUCCUUCCUAAAGGAGUUCUACUCCCUGCUAAAAGGGUCGGAAAACUCUGGGGUUUUGUCCUCCUCCACAGUCCCAGCAAAGAUCCUGCUAAACAACAGCCAUGUGAACUUAGUCUUCAAUGUGGAGAUGGCUGUCAGUGCCAUCGCCCAUGCAGUGGCUGAUAUCUGCAGCAAAAAGGACUGCAAGACACCAGGCACGGUCCAACCCUGGGAGGUGCUUGGAGCCCUGAAGGGCAGUCUCUUUGAGCUGGAGGGGAAAAACUACACAUUUGACCAGAAAGGAGACAUCAACCUGGGCUAUGAUGUAACCCUGUGGAGGUCUGUGAGAGGGGUCAUCGACGUCCAUGACGUUGCAGCUGAGUACCAUCCAAACAACAACAGCUUCAGCUACACCAGCGGAAACACCAAAAAUCUUACUGACCUGAGGGAUGUGGUGUCUGUUUGCUCGCCUAGCUGUGAACCUGGGAAGUUCAAGAAGAUUGCUCAGGGUCAGCACACCUGCUGCUAUGAAUGCAUCAACUGCACUGAGAACCACUACUCCAACAACACUGACAUGGACCAGUGUCUCUCUUGUGACACAAAGAGAGAGUGGUCCCUGGAAGGGAGCUCUGGGUGUACCCAUAAGACCCUGGAGUUCUUCUCCUGGCAGGAUGGCUUUGCGGUGGCGCUGCUGACACUGGCGGCCCUGGGCAUCGUCCUGGUUCUCCUGGUGGGGGCUCUCUUCCUACACCACCACCAGACCCCCGUUGUGAGGGCUGCCGGGGGGCCUCUCUCCCAGAUCAUCCUGCUCUCUCUAGUGGGAAGUUUUGUUAGUGCUGUGUUCUUUGUAGGUCAUCCCAGCAGCCUACAGUGUAAGGUGCGUCAGGUGCUGUUUGGCCUCAGCUUCACCCUGUGUGUUUCCUGCAUCUUGGUCAAGUCCCUGAAGAUCCUGCUGGCCUUCCAGCUCAACCCUGACCGGAAGGAUGUUCUCCGCCGCCUCUACCAACCGUAUGCCAUCAUCUGUCUGUGCGUGGCCCUACAGGUCCUCACCUGCACCCUGUGGCUGGUCCUGCAGAGCCCCCGGGAGAAGGCCACAGUCUUCACCACCACUGUGUUGGCCGAGUGUGACGAAGGCUCCCAAGUGGCGUUUGGUGUGAUGCUGUGCUACAUCGCUGUCCUGGCGCUCGUAUGUUUUGCCUGCGCGUUUAAAGGCCGAAAGCUGCCACAGAAGUACAACGAGGCCAGGUUCAUCACCUUCAGCAUGCUCCUCUACCUGAUGUCCUGGCUGAUAUUUGUGCCCGUCUAUGUGACCACCUCUGGGAAGUACCUGCCAGCGGUGGAGAUGGUGGUCAUCCUCAUCUCCAACUAUGGCAUCAUCAGCUGUCAUUUCUUCCCCAAGUGCUACGUCAUCCUCUUCAAGAAGGAGCACAACACCAAGAGUGCCUUCAUGAAGAACAUCUAUGAGUAUUCCAGAAAGGGCAUUACUGUCUCUAGCUCUGUCUCUGAGAUUUCAGUCUCUCAGACAGAAGGGUAUCGCAUCAGUCACCCUUACUCCAUCAGUUCACCUUCCUCCUUCAUGUCUCCUCCACCAAUAGAACCCACAGCACAUCAGAACUGCUGGUCCGUUGACCAGAACAUUCAGAGCAUUGACCCUGCAACCCAUUGCACCGUCGUAGACCAUGGAGUGUUUGUCACAGGUCAGCUGACUCGACCACACCGUCUGAGGAGAAGCAUGAGCCUAUGAGUGGAGUGGACCAGUGUCUGGAACUUUUACAUCUUACAGUACAUCACACAGUGUGUCUCUGUGAUCCUAUCUUUGGUUUGACUGUUCCCAUUUUGCUUAGUCUACUGGCAUGUUUUUUGCCCAAGUGGGUUGUUUUUACAUUCAAGUCCAUUUGGGUAACACUUUAUUUGACACUGUUAUUGUCAAACUCUGUCAUACAGUGUUAUAUUCAUCUAUCAAUAUUUGUAUUGGUUAAGCGCCAAUGGUGUACAGGGUUGAUUUAUUUCUGAACUGCAUAUGAUUUCUAUACUGUGUGAAAUGUUUUAACUAAGCAUCAUGGAGGAUGUUGGUUUUUGCCAUAGAUAUACCAUCAUGCUGUGUGUUGGAUCCCUGAUUAGGCCGUUUCUAUGUGUAAUGUAUACAGUAAACAGCAUUUCUAUCUAUUAUGGGGGCUGAUGCAGCAGGAUACAAAUGAGAUAUUACAUUUCAUAUUGAAAACAAGUCUACGAUGAACACAAUAGUUGGAAUUUGUGUCAGUUUCUUAAUGCAUGCCUGGAUUGUCAGUGGACGUUAUUGAAGUUCUUACAUAUUUCUAAAUACCUUGACAUGUAUUUCCACAUUAUUCAUGUAUAUUAUUCGUGUAUAUAUUAACAUUACUUUGUGUACAGUAUAUUAAACGUUUGAAUGUGCAGUUGA